AUGAUUGGGACCAUCGCAUUCCUCGCCAAAUCGGGAAACGCAGAGUUGGGCUGCCACAAUGAAGUACACCCGGAUGGCCAUCGAGAUCGAAUCCCCCGAAUACAGUUCCUGGGUCUCCACAUCCCCAAUCUUAAGCUUCUCUACAACGAGCACAAAGGCAGCACAGCACUCCGCUCCCUCAUCGUGAAAGACCACGAUAACCUCACCCACGAGGAUGUGCUCAUUCCGUCCGGCGCGGCGGGCGCUCUCUUUAUCAUCUCGAGCUCCCAGCUGGCACCGACCGACCACCUCGUUGUUGUUCGUCCGAACUACGCCACGAAUCUUGAGACGCCGCGUGCGAUCGGGUGUGGGAUCACUAUUACCACACCCCACAACCCUACUGGUACUGUCGUGAACCGUGGCACACUGGACAGACUCGUCUCCUUGACCAAUGAGAGGGGAAUCAUCUUGCUAGUCGACGAAACCUACGCCGAUAUCGCGUACCAAGGACGUCUUCCGAUUGCUGCAUCUCUAGGUGACCAUGUCAUCAGCGUUUCAUCCCUGUCCAAAUCCUACGGGAUCCCUGGUAUCCGGCUGGGGUGGAUUAUUAACAAGAAUCCCAAGCUGCAGGAGACGUUCUUGGCGGCCAAAGAACAGAUCAGUAUCAGCGGUAGUGUGAUCGACGAGUGGAUCGCUGAACAGGUUCUCUCCCGCAAGCAUGAGAUCUUGAGUGCUAAGGAAAUGGACCAGCGUCGCAAAAUUGUGGCGGAGUGGAUCCAGAAGGAAGGGGAGUUGGUUGAAUGGGUGAAGCCAGAAGGGGGCGUUGUUUGCUUUCCUCGCCUGAAGAAAGGGUCUGCGGGUGGUCUGGAUGCUUUUUAUCAUCGGUUGCUACAUAAAUAUGGGACCUAUGUUGGGCUUGGUCAUUGGUUUGAGCAGUCGGAUGCUUUCAUGCGUAUUGGGUAUGGAUAG